UUUAUACUACAACUUACAUCGGCCAACCGAUUCAAGUUUUGCUAUCCCUUUUUUUCUUUUCAGCUGCGGAAUGCAAAGACAAGUGGCGUAAUCUCCGGACAGUAUUCAUGCGAAAAAUCAAACCUUCACCUUCGGGAUCUGGCGCUAAGAAGAAGGCCUACUACCUGGCAGAGGCCAUGCAGUUUUGUUUGCCGUUUGUAAGAACAUCAGCUCCUCCUUCUACAGGAAAUUUACCAGAGGUUCCUAACUGUAGCGACGUAAAUACCGACGAAACUUUAUUGGAAUCACAAAUAUUGGAUGAUAUUCCAGAUGAUCCUUCAAUUGAAUCACCGCAAUCGCCGUCAAUAGUACAGGAUAAUACUUCCCGGUCUUCCCCAAUCAUACCAAUACAACCUCGUACCAGCUCACAGCCAUCGUCCAUUCCCAAUGAAGGUAAAAAACGCCUAACGCAGAAGAAAAAAGCCACUGUCGAAGCAGAUCAAUGUUUUGCUGCAUAUUUUAAGGCAAAAACAGCACGACUUGAAAAUAGUACUACCGCAAACGAUAGUAACAAGAAAGAAGCUUUGAAAAUGUUCCUUCUUAGCUUGAUACCAGAGUUGGAAGAACUCAGUGAUUCACAAAUCAAACAAUUUAAACGCAAAGUUUUUACUCUUAUUGAUGAAAUAUCAGGCACAUCAGAUGUCACACCAGCGUCGCCACAUUCCAGCAUUUCACUAAUCUCUCACCAGUCAGGCAGCAAUAUUAGUGUGCCGCCAACAUCCGAAAACAUGCAAUUAUGUCUUCCUCAUCCUCACUAGUACUUGACAUGAUCGAUAAAGUUACACUCCGACAAAUAACUAUUCAAUUAUUGAUAAUUUAUCAAGUAAAAAAUGUGAAUGUAAACAUUACUAUACCACUAUACGCAUGUUCGCACAGAGAUCGCCAACUGAUCCACACCCAGUCGCGUCGUGUGUGGAGUCAGGUUUUAUUUU